GGAAAUGGACUCAACUAUUAGGUAGCAAAAUUCUCGAAGAGAGAAAGACAGAGCCAAAGCAAAGUGAAGAACAGAAGAGAAUGGAGGAGGGGGUGAAAGGGAAAAGAAACGACAGAUGGGAUGCAGCCAUCGCCAAUCUCACGGAAACUUCUGGAAAUCUGGAAUCCCUUCAAAAGAUUCUUCUCAAAAAAGCGGUGUUUGUUGAUGAAGAUACCUACAACAAAGCGUCUCUUGCUUCCCACCAGUCUCGCACCAUCAAGGUUCUUGAGCAAAGAGUGGAGACUUUAGAACGGGAGCUUGAUUCUGCUAUCACAGCUGCUGCUCAUGCUCGAUCAGAAAAGAGACAAGCCGAGGCUGCUCAAAAGGCAGCUGAAUUACGCACACAAGAAAUCACAAAGGAACUUGAGAACACAUCAAGAGUAUUUGAACUGCAUAUGCAAGAACUGCGUGCGAAACAGGAGGAGAUCAACAAGAGGGACAGUGAUAUCAAACUUUUGGAAGCCAUAAUUCAAACACUUGGUGGCAAGAGUCCAAUUCAACGACCUACUCGAAGCUCUUCCUAGAGUUACCACUCUUUUUUCUUUUUGUUGAUAGGUUACUGUAACUUCUAACUUUGUUGUUUAUCUCAACUUCACCCUUUCUUUUCUGUGUGUAAGUAACUAAGUAUGUAACCCUCUUCCACUUGUACAAAAGAAAGUUUAAAACAAAAAGCUAUAUUGAUUGAUUUUAGAACAGCCUUU